AUGGCUUCUCCCUUCAACACUGCCGAUGUGGCAUCAGCGCUUGCUGAUAUCACGACCACCAACGGUGUUGAGCCUCCUACUGGUCCUCCCAAGAAUGAGGAAGCCAUCAAGCUUGCUCGGGAAUCUGGCUGGGUUGAACCAAAAGCAAACAACUACACUGCGAGAGCACCAACCACGGCUCUCGGCAGCGACCAGGCUCAGUUGGAAGUCGUGGCUGAAGAAAACGAUGGUGCUGAUGAGGUUGUGGUCAGCAGACACGCAACCAGCAACUGGUCCCACGAUGCGGCGAAAUACGAAUGGAAGGAAGAGUACGGAGAUGUUGGCCCAAGAGACGAGAAACUUGAGAAGGAUCUCUUCCGUGGCGAACAUAUCAACCGCGCUGGCAUCAAGUUCGACAAUUUGACCACCGUCAAAGUCAUGGUUGAAUCCGAGACGCGUGUCAACCCGGUGUCUAGUUUCAAAGAUGCCGGUUUGCACCCAGUCAUUCUCGAAAACAUUGAGCUCUGUGGAUAUCGCCAUACAACCCCGAUUCAGGCUUACACCAUCCCCGCGGUGUUGACAGGUCAUGAUAUGAUUGGCAUUGCACAGACUGGGUCUGGGAAAACCGCAGCUUUUCUGAUUCCUGCCAUCUCCAAGUUGAUGGGUAAGGUCAAGAAGUUGGCUGCUCCUCGUCCCAAUAUCGGUCAAGGCUUUGAUGUUUCUCGUGAUCGAGUCCGUGCUGAACCACUCAUCCUCAUUGUGGCCCCGACUCGCGAAUUGUGCUGCCAAAUCUUCGAUGAAGCACGCCGACUUUGCUAUCGCUCAAUGCUUCGUCCCUGUGUCGCGUACGGUGGGGCGCCCAUUCGUGAUCAAGCUGCUCAACUUCAGCGAGGUUGCGAUCUGCUUGUCGCCUCUCCAGGUCGUCUGCUCGAUUUCAUGGGUCGGCCCGAACUCCUUUCUCUGGCUCGUGUUCGCUACACCAUCAUCGAUGAAGCCGACGAGAUGCUUCAUGACGACUGGGGUGACGAGAUGUCAAAGAUCAUGGGCGGUGGAGAUGCCAACACCGAUGGCGAUCAUCGUUAUCUUCUCUUCAGCGCAACUUUCCCCAAGCGCGUUCGGAAGCUUGCUGCUAAGUAUCUUGCUUCUGACUAUGUCCAUGUCAGUGUCGGCAGAACCGGAAGCGUGCAUGUCAACGUGAAGCAGCAUAUCCUGUGGUGCGACAAAGACAAGAAGAUGAAAGCUCUCUAUGACCUGUUGAUCUCGAUGCCACCAUCCCGUACUUUGAUUUUCGUCAAAUUCAAGAAGACGGCAGACUUUGUUGACGACUAUCUUUUCAACUUGGGCCUACCUUCAACUUCCAUCCACUCCGACCGCACUCAGAGUGAACGAGAGGAUGCCCUGCGUUCUUUCAAAGGUGGUUCGACUCCGAUUCUCGUUGCAACUGGUGUUACUGCUCGUGGUCUCGACGUCCGCAAUGUCAUGCACGUCAUCAACUUCGACCUGCCCUCGGCAGACCAUGAUGGCAAGAACGAAUACGUUCAUCGCAUUGGUCGUACUGCUCGCAUUGGUAACGAAGGUCUUGCCACUUCCUUCUACAACGACGGCGACGAAGCCUUGGGCCCAUUCCUCACCAAGAUCUUGCUCGAGACUAAUCAGGACAUCCCCGAUUUCCUCGAACAUUUCAAGCCUGACGGUGGAAAUCUAAACUUUGACGAGGAGGAAGAACAGGACUUUGAGGACAAUACUGGAGGUGGAGCUGGUGAUGCUGCCGGUGAUGCUUGGGGGACUGGCAACGAUGCAGCUGGUGCUGGUGGAGAUGCCUGGGGUGCAGCUGGUGAUAGCAAUACUGCCAGCAACGCUUGGGGUUCGUCUGGCAACAACGCCGCUGCACCUGCGAACGACAACUGGGGUGCAUCUACCAACAAUGAUGCUGGCGCUGCCGGGGCCUGGUAA